GACCAUCCUAUAGGCAUGGCUCACUUGAGAGAAUUUGCCAGCCAGCACUCCAGGGUGGAUCCUGAGGAGUUAUUCACCAAGCUGGAGCGGAUCGGCAAAGGCUCAUUUGGUGAAGUGUAUAAAGGGAUCGACAACCGCACCAAGGAGGUGGUUGCUAUCAAGAUCAUUGAUCUGGAGGAGGCUGAGGAUGAAAUUGAGGACAUUCAGCAGGAGAUUACAGUGCUCAGCCAGUGUGACAGCCCCUACAUCACCCGGUACUAUGGCUCUUACUUGAAGGGCACUAAGCUGUGGAUAAUCAUGGAGUACCUAGGCGGAGGUUCAGCGCUGGAUUUGCUGAAGCCAGGACCCCUGGAGGAGACUUACAUAGCUACUAUCCUGAGAGAAAUCCUAAAGGGUUUGGAUUAUCUGCACUCUGAGAGGAAGAUCCACAGGGACAUCAAAGCUGCCAACGUGCUACUUUCGGAACAAGGAGAUGUGAAACUGGCUGACUUUGGGGUGGCUGGACAGUUGACAGACACACAAAUCAAGAGAAACACCUUUGUGGGGACUCCAUUCUGGAUGGCACCAGAGGUCAUCAAACAGUCUGCUUAUGACUUCAAGGCAGACAUCUGGUCCCUUGGAAUUACAGCCAUUGAACUAGCAAAGGGAGAGCCUCCAAAUUCUGACUUGCACCCUAUGAGGGUUCUCUUCCUGAUCCCCAAAAAUAACCCUCCAACACUUGAGGGUCAGCACAGCAAGCCCUUCAAGGAGUUUGUGGAAGCCUGCCUCAAUAAGGAUCCUAGAUUUAGACCGACAGCUAAAGAGUUGCUAAAGCACAAGUUCAUCACACGCUACACCAAGAAAACCUCAUUCCUAAUGGAGCUGAUAGAUCGAUUCAAGCGCUGGAAGUCAGAGGGCCAUGGAGAAGAUUCCAGUUCUGGCGAUUCUGACAUUGAUGGAGACACGGAGGAUGGAGACCAGGGUCCAAUCUGGACAUUCCCACCAACUAUUCGCCCCAACUCCUUGAGCAAGCUGCACAAAGGAAUAGGUCUUCACGGUUCCCAGAAGCCUACUGAGCCCAUCAAGAGGCAACCACGGUCACAAUGUCUCUCCACGCUUGUUCACCCAGUUUUUGGGGAG